CGAAAUAAUGCCAGAGACUUCGAAAGGCUUCGCGACACCAAACAAAGGUUUGGAGACACCGUAAGGGUGUUCACUUUUGUUAUAGUGUAGAAGAAGAUAUAGAUAGAAGAUAGAUAGAACGAUCAUUGAAAGGGUAUUCCUGAAGCUAUGCUAGAAAAGAUUGCAAAAGUGGCAUCACAAGAAGAAGAACGGAAGGAUUUUUUGAGGAAGUCAAUGUUCUCAAGCCUUAAAGAUAGAGGUGGUGAGGACCGGGUCUACACAGCUGCCAAGGGGGCUGCAUUCUUAGCCCAUAAUAGUUUUUCUCGUAUUAGUUGGACUAGAGUGGAGGACGAAGUGUUCUUGGAAGACCCUGAUGCAUUAAUACAUGUGCAGUGGGAGGUUUUGAAAGCUCUUAUGAUUCUUGUAUUAAGUGUUUAUGAUAUGGAAGAUUUUAUUCGAAUUGCUUACGAGGAAGAGUUGAAUGCUGAGCGUAAUAAGUUUAUGUUUGAUUUAUUCAGAUUGCACAAGACUACUAACGAAGCUAUUCUGGCCAUUGCUCGUUGGGAGAUGAAGUUGGAUGAUUUUAUCCUUCUUCAUGAAUAUGAUGUUAAUAGUCUCUUAGAGAAAAACGUAUUUGUGCAGCAACAGACAACACCACAAGACUUGCUGAUCCAUAAGGAUGUGCGUGUGUCUGAACUCUUAAUCCAAUGUACGGUGAUUGUUAUGAAGCAGUUGCGACCAUUGAAGAGAAAUUAUGCAAUGCACCUAAUGAUGGAAUUGACCCAAGAGAAGUGUCGUGGUAUCACUGAUGUUCUAUUGCUGGAGCCUUGGGGGUGCUUCGAUUUCUUGGAGCUGCAUAGGCUUGAGCCGCCUGUCCAAUUUGUUGGGCUUGAUGUACUUGCUUGUCAAAUAUUUGAAGCCAUGGACCAGUUAAUAGAAUGGAAAGGGCUUGAGUUACACAAGUCCAUGAAAUCAGCUACAUUUCCCUUGCGGUCAGGUGUCUUUGGAAAUUGUACAGAAGAGGUAAUUGAGGUUGUUGGACAUGCUGACUGUGAAAGAAGGUCAGAAGGACAUCGUUUUAUUAGCUCACAUCAUCUUUUAUUGGGCCUGCUUCGCACAAGGAUUGGAGGAAGUGUCCUGAAGUUUGUGCAGUUACGACAAGCUCUUGAGGAACCUGUGAGAAAUCCUAGAUAUUGCAUAUACGGGACAGCACAGUGUUUAGCUGGUGUUGACAAAAUACAACUUGAACACCUGUUUUUAGCAAUUAUGUUCUUAGAGCUUGGGAGAAAUUUUUUUUCUUUGCGAGACGAAAUAAUUGAGAUUAUAGAACAAGAAGAUUUGUCUAUGGAUGAGUGCGUCCUCAAACUUGGCAACCUGUGCUUGCUUGAAGGACUUAAAUGUGCCCCGCAAAAGGAUUUCCGAAGCAACAGCUUGGACAAUAACAAAAAUGCAUGGAAUGCUGGCUUGAGUAGCAAAAGAUUUAAUGUGUUCUUAGAAGGUCUAUUGAAGCUCACUAGAAGACAAGCUGGAAAGACUUCUGAGGGCAGUGUUUGGGGUUUUAUAAGUAGUGUUUCCAAAUUCUGGGAGCCACAAGCUCUCAAGCUUCGUGUCUAGCAGGACUCUUAUGCACUUUAGCAAAGGAGUUAAUGAAUACAUAGUCCUAAUAAUGAGAUGGUGGGCAAAUUAUACCAUUUCAUUGGUUGGGCACAUGAAUACGUACUCUAUGUGAGCUAUUAAAUAACUUCUGGUAUAUUGUUGUAUUGUGUAUUUAUGUUUGUGGGGGUAAUUGGAAUUAUUGUGUUUGGCAUGGUUCGGUUUCAUGAUUUUAUUAAUGAUGUUGGGCUCGUUUAUAUUAUGAUUCA